AUGACAUUGUCAGCAACUCCAUUCCAACUUCAUCAUCAAAUUAAAAACCAGCCCAAAGAAUAUGUCUUUCAACUCGCUCCAGCCAUAAAUGCUACUCAUAUAGCUGCUGCUCAUACACAGGGUUCUAUCUCCAUUUAUGAUAUUCAAACCUUGAACCUGAUUACAAGAAUCAAUCCAGUGGAUGAAUAUCCUACAGUAUUGACACAGAUUAUGUUGGAUCAUACCAAUCCACAGCUUGUUUUAUCAAGCAACAAGAAUGGGUUGGUGUCUUUGUGGGAUUUACGAACUAAAUCUGUAAAUGGAACGCAUUCGCCUGCUAUGGCUUGGAAUGCCGGAGCACCAAUACUUUCAUUUGAUAUCAAUAGUUCGCAUUCUAUUUUGGCUACAGGAUCAGAACUGUGUGGGGAAGACGCCAAUAUCAAUUUCUGGGAUAUUCGAUCCAAUGAAAAAUCAUGUUUGGCAGUUUUUUCUGAAUGCCAUUCUGACGAUAUCACGCAGAUCAAAUUUCAUCCAACUCAAGCAGAAGCAAUGAUUUCUGGAUCAACUGAUGGACUCAUUUGCUUAUACAACCUAUCGACAUGGGAAGAAGAUGAUGCACUUUAUCAAGUCAUCAAGAGCAAUUCUGUUAGCAGACUUGGAUUUUUUGGUCCAUCGGCCGAAUACAUUUAUGCAACAUCACAUAUUGAAACCAUGUCGUUGUGGAAAUUCCUAGAAGGCGACAAGAUUUGUGUGUUUGAUGACGUCCGAGGCAUAUCCGAAGAACUUAAACUAGACUACCUAAUUGAUUGCACAUAUGAGCCUGAAGGACAGCGUCUUUAUGUCACUGCUGGAUCUCAAGAGGGAGCAAUUGGAAUUUUGGAUGUGAAUUUAACUCAUCUUGAGCUUGCUUACACUUUAAAUGGUGGACAUGAAGAUAUUGUACGAUCGACUCACUGGGACACCAAGAUGAGAACAGUGAUUUCAAGUGCUGAAGACGGAACAGUAAAUGUUUGGGCACAAUCAUAA